UCUCUCUCUCUCUCUCUCUCUGUGCAUUUUCAUCUGCAAGUACUCUCAGCCUGUGAAUUUCACCAUUUUGGCCAUUGGGCUCACAGAAAGGCCUAAUCUUUGACAAACCAUCACAUUUUCUCAGAUACCCAUUUGUGCACAUUCAGCUAAUUUGAUAAUGGACACAACAAUGCUGGUACCUCCAUGGCUGGAGCAAUUGCUAAGCACCUCAUUCUUCUCAGUCUGCCGUACUCAUGGAGACGCAGCCAGAAGUGAGUGCAACAUGUUCUGCUUAGAUUGCAGUGGUGAUGCUUUUUGCUUCUAUUGCCGUUCCUCUAGACACAAAGAUCACCAAGUCAUUCAGAUAAGGAGAUCUUCAUACCAUGAUGUGGUGAGAGUUUCAGAGGUACAGAAGGUAUUGGAUAUAAGUGGAGUUCAAACAUAUGUUAUAAACAGUGCCAGAGUUAUGUUUCUGAAUGAGAGGCCUCAGCCUAAGGCUGGGAACAAAGGGGUUCCUCACAUUUGUGAAAUCUGUGGCAGAAGCCUCUUGGACACAUUUCGUUUCUGCUCACUGGGCUGUAAGCUUGUAGGGAUAAAGAGAAAUGGGGAUGCAAACUUUACCUUGGAGGCAAAGAAUGAGGAGGGAAAUGGGAGAAGAGAAGGAAGAGGGGCAAUGAGAGAGGAAGAAGAGUUGCGUGAAGGCUCACAACAAGACAUAUACCCGCCCACGCCGCCUCCACCUCCUUCCACAACAAGAAGAAGAAAAGGCAUUCCACAUAGGGCACCCUUUGGGUCCUAAUUUGAAGAAAUGCCCUUCAAAAUUCAGCAAAUUAUAUUCACAACCCAGCAUUUGUUUUCUGCAGAAAAAACCAGUCUCUUUUCUUUGCUGUCUAUGUUCAAGAAAGUGAAAGGGGGUGCAAACUACAAAGCCUUUGGAAUUGGAGGUGGGGGGUCCAAAAAAAAAAUACAAAACAAAUGGGUAUAUUGGUAUUGGGGGUAUAGAAGAAGAAGAAAAGUCUGUUCCUUUUGGGUUUUGGGUCCCCAAAAACAACAAAUUAUCUCAUUGUGAAGAUGCAAUAAUGCGUAAUUGUUAUUGAUAGUUGCAAGGUGUACAUGUCAAUUAAGAAAUUUAAAGCGCGUCUUUGUGGAA